UUGUUCAGUUGAGUCAAGAGAUUGCAGAAAAAGCAUUUGAAGAUAUGUAUAAGUAAGAAGCAUUCGACGAGCAACAAAGAAAAAAAAUUUGCACACCAAAAAACCUCAUUAUCAAGGAAGGGCCCAAAUCACCGAGUACUCAGAUAUUUGCCUCGUAUGAUCCUGGCGAGGAAGCAGAUGGGUACAUUGUUACAGCACAUGACCUCGGAACUGGGAAAGAAGUCAUAAAAUCAACAACCAAUAGGUUUUGUGUCGUUGAUGGCCUUGAAGCUGGCCAUUCCUAUUUGUUGGGGGUGAAAUCUCUUCAUGGCGGUCUAGAGAGUUUAGAACUCUUAGCAAAGGAUCAUGUGCGAACUGCAAUGUAUGAUCCAUAUCCUUGGAGGUACAUAGAUGAUGAUGAAAGCAAAGCUUUAAUCGGUGAUGGAACAUCAGUUGCUCAAUAUUCAGAAGCUGGAAUAAGGAAAUUUACAGAUGAUAGUGCUUUGCCCGAACUAUGGAAUUCUAGCCUUCAUGUGGAAUUAUUGAAAAUAUUCGGGAAGAGAUUUGAUGAUGCAAAAAUGAAGAGCCUACUUUUCAAGUGUGAUGAGCUUGGAAUUUCUGAAGCCAGUGAUCUCAAGUUCAUAGAAAGCAAAGAGGUUGCGGAGGAAUUCAAAUGCACGUUGAAAAUGGUCGAACUCUUGAAGCUGAUUGAUUAUGCAAAAAAUCAGUCAUCUACACAGGAAUCUACAGAAGAAAAAAGAGUCCCUGGCAUUGUAAUAAAUGUGGAAAGUAAUCACACAAAACCGACAGAAAUCACUGCAAGUGGCUAAACAGACUCAGAAAUGAAGAUGGAAUUUCACAUUUCUAGAGUAGUUUAGUUUUUCUGUAUUUUCUAGUGUAGCAAUGUAUACUCAGUAUGGUAGUGAACGGUCACAAAGAUUAACGAAGUGGAUUUAAGCAGUGUUAUAGUUAACUAUUUUGAAUUAAUUACAUUUAAAAAAAGAUUUGGUUUUACAAUUUACAGCACCUAUUGUUUAAGAAUGUUCAGCUAAUUUUAUGCAAAAAUUAUUAAUUUUGGCUUUUGUACUUUAUUUGUUUUACAAGUUCAAUUCAUUUAUCAAUCAUUUUUCUGAAUCCUUCGUCCGUUGAGUUGAAAUCAUGUACGGAUAAUUAUGCAUAAAUUUUCACCUUUAGGCCUAUCCUAAAUUUUAUAUACAUUUUUGCAGAAAAUAUAUACUCUGGACUAGAUAA